AUGGUAAGCUCUCAUUUUCUUCACACAGAACGAUGAAAAUUCAAGAAAAAGAUUUCACAGCCUUUGGUUACACGUCAUAGUUUAUCUCAAAGUGAACGUGAACUUUCGGAAGCUAUUGAUGAAUUAUCGGAAGUCGAAUUGAGAUUUUCGAAACUUUCCGAUGAUGAAAAGGAUAUUGAAGAAGAGGAGGAUGAUAUUCCGAGAGAUCGAUUCAAUUUUGUGUUUUUCAUAUUUUUCUAUUUCGGAAGUUCGUCGUUGAUUUCGUGGAAUAUGUUUGUGUCGGUUUCCUUUGAUGUGAGUUUUACUUGAGAAAAACGAAAUUUCAGAAAAAAAAAACAUAAGUUCAGUAGAGCGCACUUGCUUUUUUGAGACAAUUUUUCAAAAAUUCUUGAGAAAAACUGUGCCACGAGUUGCAAAACAAGCUCCGCCCACUUUUCAAAGUCCUAUAAUUAUUCAUUUUUCAUACAAAAUUCUUAAAAACCUCAAAAAAAAAACAAAAUUUUGAAAUUUACUUGCUUUUUUGAGAAUUAUUCUACAAUUCUCAAUAGAGCGCAUUUUCCUCUUCUAUGUACCUAAUAAAUCCAAAUUUUUGCAGUAUUAUGAAACGUUCAAACUGGAAUACAACAAAACAUCCACGUGGUAUUCGCAAAACUUCCAAAAUGCCAUGACAAUUUCCUCACAAACUCCCGAUUGGCUUUUUUGUGUUUUCGGAUUGUUCUUGGAUCUUCGCGGAAAUUUGCCACGUCGCAUGCAAUUAUCGAUUUUUGUCAGUGUUUUGACGCUGCUCGCAACAAUGUCUUUGAUUUAUGUUGAUACUUCCACGUGGCUUUUGGUGUUUUUUAUUUUCACGUUGGUUACGAUUGUUGUGUUGAAUUCGGCGAUUGGUGUUUUUGAUAAUUCGUGAGUUUUUAAAAAAUCAGAAAUUUCACUUCAAUUCGAAAAAUUCUUCAAUUUUUUCCUUGGAACGGGAUUUUUUCAUUAAAAAAUUCACUGUUUCAAAAUUUUUUGAAAACAGUUUGUCGAUGUUUUUUGAAUAAUCGGUGAUAGUCGUUUGACAUAAUUUUCUCUAAAUUUUCAUCUUGGUCAAAAAUUGUAGUUUUUAUAUUUUUUCAUUUAAAAAAAUCGCUGUUUCAAAAUUUAGGGAAACUAUUUUUCAUUUUCCUUACAAUUGUUUAAUAAUUUGAUGUAACAUUUAUAUAGUUUAGUAGAAAUUUCAGAACAGUGAUAUUUUUAGAGAAUUUUGUUUUUUUUCUGACUAAAAAUGUUAUAUGUUUGAAAAAAAAUCACUGUUUCAAAAUUUUUUGAAAUUAAUUUGUCACUUUUUUUGAAUAAUCGGUCUUUUGAAUUUCAUUUUUUCUAAAUUUUCAACUCGGUCAGGAAUUGUAGUUUUUAUAUUUUUUCAUUUAAAAAAUUCACUGUUUCAAAAUUUAGGGAAACUAUUUUUCCUUUUUUAAAAUUGUUUAAUGAUUUGAUGAAACAUUUAUAUAGUUUAGUAGAAAUUUCGAAACAGUGAAAUUUUUUGAGUUUUUUUUCUGACUAAAAAUUGUUAUAUGUUUGAAAAAAAAUCACCGUUUCAAAACUUUUUGAAAACAAUUUGUCACUUUUUUUUUGAUAUUUGGUUUUGUAGUUGAAUUUUUCUGAAUUUUCAGCUUGGUCAGAAAUUUUAGUUUUUAUAUUUUUCAUUGAAAAAACCACUGUUUCAAAAUUUCCUUCAAAAUUUUUUUUAAACAAUAAUUUAUAAUAUGUAACAAAGCUAUAUUUUGUGAAUUGUUUUAAUUUGGGAAAAAAUUCACUGUUUCAAAACUUUAAAAACAAUUUUCCCAAUUUUUUUGAUAAUUGGUUCAAAUAUGAAAUUUUUAUGAAAAAAAUUGCUGUUUCAAAGUUUUUGUAAAUUUUUUCAUAAAAACUGAAAAGUGUUAUGAAAACAUAUAAUUUGAAAUAUUUUAUUGAAAACUUGAAUUUCAGGCCAAAAGUUCCAGAAUUUUAUUUAUUCUCAAAAAUUCUGAAACAUUUCCAGCCUCUUCGGUCUUGUCGGCACAUUUCCAGUCAAAUACACUUUAGCCGUCGUCACUGGCCAAAAUUUCAAUGGAAUUUUUGUCACAGUUUUAUCGAUUCUCAGCAAAACUGGUAACUUUCCCCGAAAAAAGUUUUCUAGCAAAAUCUAAAAAUUUGCAGCCUCUGAUAAUGUUCAAAUAAGUUCGAUGGUAUUUUUUGGAAUCGCCGUGAUUUUCAAAUUGGGUUGCAUGUUUUUGUUGAGAAUUAUGCAGCGAAAUGCGUUUUAUCAACAUUUUGGAGAACUAAAAAAUGAAGCAGAAAAUAAGGAAAAUGAGAAAAUCGAUGAGAUUUCGGAUUUUGAAAGUUUAUCGAUUUGGCACAAAUUUUUCGAGGCUUUUAAAAAGGUGAGAUACAUUUUUGACAAAUUUUGAGAUACAGUAUACCUUGUAGUUCGGGAUUUAUCCGUUACAGUACUUUUUGCAGUUCGAUCUCUGCAGUCCAGGAAAAUCCUUAGGCUACAGUAAUUCUUGUAGUCUGAGUUUCAUUGUAAAGUUUGUGAAACACAACUCAUCAAUUACAGUAUUCUUUGCAGUCCGGAAAUUCCCUGAAUUCUUGUAAUUUGAGAUACAGUAUUCCUUGUAGUUCGGGAUUUCUCAGUUACCGUAAUCCUUGCAGUUUUUGAUAUCGUAACCCUACUGAAGCUACAGUAAUUUUUGUAAUCUGGAAAAUCCCAGAGAGUACAGUGAGAUCUCUAAUUUUAAAGGCACAGUACUUCUUGCAGUUCGGGAUGUUCCAGUUACAGUAAUCCUUGCAGUUUGAGAUUCAGUGUCCUCAAGGCUACAGUAAUCUUUGCAGUUCUUGAUCUCGUAACCCUUCUGGAGCUACAGUAAUCCUUGUAGUCUGGAAAAAAAUUCUAGAAAUUUUCCCAAUUGUUGUUUUUUUGCAGGCCAAAUGUCAAUUUCUCAACAUUUUCAUUCUGAUGUUUGUGACAUUCAGCGUAUUUCCAAAUGUGACAAUUUAUAUUCGAGACGAAGAACUGGGCCAACCCUACACAUUUUUUGUUCCCGAAAAAUACUAUAUUGAUAUUGUGACGCUGCUCAAUUUCAACUUUUUCUCGUUUUUUGGAAGCUUGCUGGCGAAUACGGUGCAUUGGGUGAGUGGGGAUUUUUGGCGGGAAAAUUUGAGAAUUUCAAAAUCCCUCUCAUUUUCUAGCCAGGCCCUGGUUACAUUUGGCUCCCUGUCUGGCUCCGAAUCUGGUACAUUUUCUAUUUCCCCCUAUGCAACUACCAACCAGAAGAGCGAAAAAUCGAUGUGAUCUUCAAAUCCACGUGGCUUUUCAUCAGCAAUCAAGCAUCAAUGGCUUUUACAUGCGGAUAUUUGUCAUCGCUAAUUAUGACGUAUGCACCAAAAACCAGCGAUAAACCCGAACUUCAACGACUCAUUGGAAUGAUGGCUUAUAUUUGUUUGUUGACUGGUUGUAUUUUGGGACUCAUUUUUUCGUGGGUUAUUAAGAUUAUUGUGUUGCAUUAG